AUGGAGUUUACAACGCAGUCCGCUCAAAAUUUUGCACUUCGUUACUACGUUUGUCUUGAGAAUGGACGAGACAAACUUCCCGAAUUUUACCGGCCUUCGAGUCUCAUUAGUUGGAACGGUCGUCCUAUGCAAUCCGCGGAUCUCUUAUCCAUGAUCGCAAACUUUCCACCUACGAAAACGAAAGUGGACGAUUACGACUGUCAGAGUAUCAUGGGGUCGAUUGCCAAUCUGCUACUAAUGGUUUCCGGCAGCAUUCGUUUUGCAGACAAAAAGGCCCAUAUUUUUUCGUAUGAAUAA